AUGACAGGCGGCACUGCCUCUGUAGAAAUGGCAGUGUUUUGCUUUGACGUGAUAGCAGCCGCCGUCAACAACCACUCCGAUCCACCUGUGCCACCCUCCAUACCCAAUGAUAAGUUCUUACACACGGGUCUACGAGAUUAUGCUAUUACUAGUGCGUUUCAUGAUUCGCGUUUUGAUCCUGUUCGAAAAGAAGAAAUUCCACAUCUUCAUUGUGGUGUAAGUGUGGUUUCGCUAUUAAUCAAAUUUGAAUCUGCUCAUGAUUACAUGGAUUGGACAAUUGGCAUGCAUGGAAUACGUAUACAUUUCAUGGAUGGAAGUGUUCGUAGAGAUGCCGUUUAUUUGCCAGAAGUUGCUUACGAACAGGGUUGGGACCAUUUGGAAACAAUAAACAAUCUUAUCGAAAAAGGUGGAUAUCGAGGACGUAUUGAUGAAGGAUUUCGGCUCUCGUUGCAAGUGACACGAUUUCAGUCUAGCAAAAUAAUGAUCUCUUACGAUGUGAGUUCUAUUCUUUUUGUUUUGAUG